AGUCCAUGUGUUAUGGGUCUAUCUCACCUUAGGACUGUGAGUAAACAAAAGAGGUUCCUAUUACCCUUGGCCAUCAGCCUUGAGAACCCUCUAUACCCAACAGUCCAUUGUGUUAUGGGUCUAUCUCACCUUAGGACUGUGAGUAAACAAAAGAGGUUCCUAUUACCCUUGGCCAUCAGCCUUGAGAACCCUCUAUACCCAACAGUCCAUUGUGUUAUUGGUCUGUUUCACCUUAGGACUGUGAGUAAACAAAAGAGGUUCCUAUUAACCUUGGCCAUCAGCCUUGAGAACCCUCUACAACCAACAGUCCAUUGUGCUAUGGGUCUAUCUCACCUUAGGACUGUGAGUAAACAAAAGAGGUUCCUAUUAACCUUGGCCAUCAGCCUUGAGAACCCUCUACAACCAACAGUCCAUUGUGCUAUGGGUCUAUCUCACCUUAGGACUGUGAGUAAACAAAAGAGGUUCCUAUUAACCUUGGCCAUCAGCCUUGAGAACCCUCUACAACCAACAGUCCAUUGUGCUAUGGGUCUAUCUCACCUUAGGACUGUGAGUAAACAAAAGAGGUUCCUAUUAACCUUGGCCAUCAGCCUUGAGAACCCUCUACAACCAACAGUCCAUUGUGUUAUUGGUCUAUCUCACCUUAGGACUGUGAGUAAACAAAAGAGGUUCCUUUUACCCUUGACCAUCAGCCUUGAGAACCCUCUAUACCCAACAGUCCAUUGUGUUAUGGGUCUAUCUCACCUAAGGACUGUGAGUAAACAAAAGAGGUUCCUAUUACCCUUGGCCAUCAGCCUUGAGAACCCUCUAUACCCAACAGUCCAUUGUGUUAUUGGUCUGUUUCACCUUAGGACUGUGAGUAAACAAAAGAGGUUCCUUUUACCCUUGGCCAUCAGCCUUGAGAACCCUCUAUACCCAACAAUCCAUGUGUUAUGGGUCUAUCUCACCUUAUGACUGUGAGUAAACAAAAGAGGUUCCUAUUAACCUUGGCCAUCAGCCUUGAGAACCCUCUACACCCAACAGUCCAUUGUGUUAUGGGUCUAUCUCACCUUAGGACUGUGAGUAUAAACAAAAGAUGUUCCUAUUUCCCUUGGCCAUCAGCCUUGAGAACCCUCUAUACCCAACAGUCCAUUGUGUUAUGGGUCUAUCUCACCUUAUGACUGUGAGUAAACAAAAGAGGUUCCUAUUUCCCUUGGCCAUCAGCCUUGAGAACCCUCUAUACCCAACAGUCCAUGUGUUAUAUGUCUAUCUCACCUUAUGACUGUGAGUAAACAAAAGAGGUUCCUAUUAACCUUGGCCAUCAGCCUUGAGAACCCUCUAUACCCAACA